GAAUCCAAUUAAGGCUUAUUUUUUAUGAGCUUCUGACUCUUGUCAUUGUGUCUCAAGUUGGUUCAUUUGCAAUCUCGAUGACUUAAUGUUAUUAUAGUGAAUUCCGAAUAGCUCAUUUUGAGCCGGGAGCAUCAUUAUAUUGAUGUAUUCUUUAGGAUUAGUGGCGUAUGUGGAGUUUGAUGACUUAGGGAUAGUAGGGCAUUUUCCACACAGCAAAGUGGAUCAAGUAUCCUGAGAAAUGUCCAUAUAUAAACAUACAAGUAUAUGGUGCUAAACUUGUCCUCUCUUUCUGUACUAAUAUAAUUCUUCCUUCUGUUUUUAUGAAGUUUUUUUUUAGCUGGAGCCAUAGUUAGCUUGAUAUUUUUUUGUUUGGUUUCAAAACUAAUUAGCUACAAACUUUAGUUGUUACUGAUCUACUCUUUUCCCUAUAGCUCUACUCAUUGUUUGUCAUUUUUACUUCUGCUACCUUUAUUCUACCGGAGCGAAUUGGGAUUGAUGUGUUCAACAAGUUGGCAAAGUAGUUGGGCAAUCCUGUAGAGUUUGAACUUCCAGAUUGGUCAAAUGAAUGGCAGUCUGCUCCAUAUAUUUUUAUAAAACGCAGUAUCCAUCAAAUGAUUUAUUCAUGCAUUUUUUAUCCAUGACUGUGCAUAAGUGAAAAUAUAUAUGUAGAAGAGCUUGUAAUCCGAUUCUUAUACUUCUAGAAGGGAUAUGUACUGCACUUAUCGUCUGCCUUUUUAAACUUUUAUAUGUUUCUAAGCAAUCUUUGCAAAAGAUAAAUUAUAGUUUCCUGGGCCGUAGUUGUCUAGAUAUGAAGGAUGACUAUAAAUAAUUUAUGUUUCUCCAAUUUUAGAUGUAACAUAAUGAGUAUUUGUAAUAUUAAGAUUUAGAUUUAACAUAAUGAGUAUUUCUCUUAUUCAUGCUUCAACUCGUGUCUCGUGCCUUGUGUAUGGUUUUGGCUGGGGUUCUUGAUUGGCUUAGUGCAAGGAAGUGAACUAGUGACAAUAAGAUUGGCUUUUAUGAAAGUCUAUGACAUUUGUGGCUAUAAAAACAUUGUUAGGUGAGGCGCAAGGCGACUAGGGUCAAACGCUUUUUUGUGCUAGGUGAUGCAAUUUGAAAGAGUUGCACAAAUUUUUUUCAUCAAUCUUAAUAAAAAAAUUGCUUAGUUCAGUGAAAGAGUUGCACAAAUUAUUUUCAUCAAUUGUAGACUGAAGCAAAGGAACACACAGAAAAAGACUGAACUAUAGCUUAUGUUAAAUGAAAGAGAUCUAGUGAUGUUAGAGUUAGAAUAUUAGGAAUCCAAACGACUAAUAUGAAUUGAGAAUGAGCUUCUUAGGGAUGUUGGAUGAAGAUGAUUUAUCAGGAGUCCCUUUUAUAUUUCAGCUGGCAAUUUACAUGGUUCUUAUAUCAAAUCAUUUGACUUACACUUCAUUAAUUUAGUUUAAUAUUGUCUAUAGUUUGAUCUUUUAUCGUCAUAUUCAGAUAUUAGUACUUUCACCUGAUCUUGUAUACUAUUUUGCAGGAAGAUUCAGACAUCUACCAGUUGUGGAAAAUGGAGAGGUUGUUGCUUUACUUGACAUAACAAAGUGCUUAUAUGAUGCCAUUGCUCGUAUGGAGAGAGCAGCUGAGAAAGGGAAGGCCAUUGUUGCAGCUGUUGAACGUGUUGAGAAAAAUUGGGGGUCAUCAGCUUAUGGUCAGUGGAGAGUAUGACUUUAAAACCAAAAAAAGUUCUUGCAACAAAAAUAUCUUUACAUCUCUCUUACACAUCUUCUACAUUGCUUUCUUCUCGGACUUACAUUUCACCUGUGCUCUCAAGUCAGAUAGUUUAUUCGCAAUUUUGACAAAUCAUUUUAACUAUGUUUCGGUUCCCGGCCCUAAUACAUUCAUCGACGCACUGAGGGAGCGCAUUUUCAGGCCUUCAUUGUCAACAGUUCUCUCUGAGCAUUCAAAGCUCCUAACUGUAUCACCAACUGACACAGUCUUACAAGCAGCGAAGAAGAUGCUCGAACUUCAUUUAAGCUGUGCUAUUGUGACGGUAGAAAAUAAACCAAAGGGCAUUUUAACCCCCAAGGAUAUAUUAAUGCGGGUUAUUGCGCAAAAUCUUCCUCCAGAUUCAACACUUGUGGAAAAGAUCAUGACACCUAAUCCAGCAUGUGCAACUGUAGAUAUGCCUAUUAUUGAUGCUUUGCAUACAAUGCAUGAUGGGAUAUUCCUGCAUUUGCCAGUUGUGGAUAGAGAUGGAGAUGUCGUUGCUGUUGUGGAUGUCAUCCACAUCACCCAUGCAGCUGUUGCCACUGUAUUCAACAGAUUAUGGAAUGUUCUAUUUCUAUAUAGCAGAUGUAGAGCAUGACUAGAGGGCAGGUAGUGAGCAAUACAAGUUCCUUGAAAAAUGUCUUGCAUCAGCAAAUAAACACAAGCAACCUUUGUUGAUCUUUGCUGGUCAUCGACCUCUCGGAUUUUCGUCUAAUAAAUGGUUUGGAGAGGAGGGGUCAUUUGAAGAGCCAAUGGUAGGGCGUAAAUUAAGUUUUGGUGCAUGAUAUUCCAGAAAAUCUGAUGUCCUUAUAACAUUUAAGGAAUAUGUUCAUAUGGAUAUAUUAGUUUACCUUAAUGUUAAUUGUCAUUUAUUUGUACUAUAUCUUGUAUUUAUGAACAAAAAUAUUAGAAAUGAAACUUUUAUCUACA